AUGUCGCCGCCAAAGAUUGAAGAGUUACCGCCCAACGAUGAUGAAGUUGCAGAGCUGCUGGAACCACAGGAGCGCCUCCCGCUGGCGAAAACAGCGAAAAGGAACCCGUUUGCGCUGAAACGCAAGACAACAGUGAGGCGCACGGCGGACGAAGUUUACCCCGAGAGGAAAGGCUUGAACAAACCUGAUUUCCUCGGAGACAAGCCCAUCGACUUGCUAUUCCAGAAAUUGGAGAGCCUACUAGCUGAACCAUAUGAAGAUUUGACAAUUGGGUUGCUCAACACACGGAUCCCCCCGGGCCCAGGCCCAGACACCACCACCGUUGACAAUACCCGUUAUCAUGUCAUUGAAUACCUCAUGAACAGCUUGAUUGACGUGCAAAAGGCAUCUUUGGAGUCCAAAAUGCCCAACAAGGCAUUGAUCACCAUCUCGCUCCACGACGUCAAGACCUUCAGCAAAUUGGUCAACGCCAUCAUCAUUCUAGGGGUUUACCCCGCGCUAAACGUGUUUCACAUCGGAAUCCCCUUUGAAAAGAGAAACUUGUCCAAAAACAUGAGCAAGCAAGUCAAGAUCGACACCAUAAAAUCGGGACCUGCAGAAGCUUUCCAAUUAUUGACGUUGAUAUACGACAAGUUUUACCAGCUUUUCCAAACGCCAUCUGAUGUCACCGGGUUGUUGAGUAAAGGAACCGGGUUUUCUGACUUCCUCACGGUGGCAAUUGCCAUCUACUCCAUCCCCGGGUUUCAACAUAAGACAGAUGCCUCUUUUGAACAAGUCGAAAAGAUUCCAGAUACAUAUGAACUAUUUCAAACUUAUUCAUUGCUAUUGACGACGCCAUCGCCGCAAUUUUUCAAGCAAUUUGUCAUGCUGCGUCUACAGAAACUCCCCUACGAUGCGCCGCGCAAGGACGGUUUACGUUCAUUGAUUGAGUAUAUCCUUGGUCUACGCGAACAGGAGGAAAUCGACAUUGCCAAGUUUGACCAUGUGGCAAACGUUGUGCUCCUGAAACCCAAGGAUGUGACAACCACGACUUACUUUAACUCGAUUGGAAAACAAGCCUAUGCAUUGUUGGUCAAUAUCAACCGCCCGCUUAUGGCCCUGUGUGUCACGUAUAUUAUGGAAAAGUUGUGGCACAAGAAUAAACUUGUGGUGAAGGAUUUCUUCUUGCAAAGGAUCUGGGACCAAUUUGUAACCAGCCACCCCAAGGAGGAGGAAAAGAAGGAACAAACAGUAGUAGCACUCAACCUGAGUGUAUUGGUGGGAGAAGCGGCAUUCAACAACGCCAUCAAUGUUUUGAUAUCGAUUUCCAAAAAGGGGUUAGAGGCUGAUGUCUAUCAAGCCGUCAUGGAGCCCAUUAUCGUAUCGCUUUGGGGCUACUAUUUGUUUUUGAAACAGCAUGGGAAGUCAGUGCAAAUUGUCACCGACAUUAUGACCAGUUACUUUACAGUGAUGAAGGACUUUGACGACAAUAACUUGGCCGGCAUUGACCUUGUGGCAAAGAACCUUGUUUUCAACGGUGGCGAUUCUUGGACGUAUGAAAUUGGACCAAACAAUUUGACUCAGCUUGUAAAGAAGAAAGCCGAGUUUACUUCCGAGAGCAAAGAGACGAAGAUUUUGAAAUUCAUCGAGGGGCUCGACUUUGCAUGCAGCAACUUUAUGAUUCUAUUGGAGAAUGUCGACGAUGAAGUAGUUUACGCUUUGUUUACAUUGAUUCUUAAACAGUGGCUUGAACUGGCUAAUUUGCUAGGAGGAGAAGAAAAAAAUCCGUUUAUAAAACUAGUUGACCUCAAGUUACUAGAAAGUAUUGGUGAUAAAUUCAAGGAAAGCUUGGCUCGCACCCCGCAUGAGAUGUUGGCCAUCGUGCACAGUUUUUUGAAAAAGCAACAACAAGACAGUGGCGGGGAUGAUGAUGGUGAUGCAAUGGAUGACGAUGUCGACUCAGACGAUGAAGACGAAGGUGAUGGCCAAGGAACGGAAAAUUUCUUACCUGUUUUGUUAGAGCUCCUAUCGGCCAUCUUGUCCGAGAAUGACAUUGUCAUUGACGACUCAUGUACUGAGCAAUUGACAGGAAUUAAACAAUCAUUGGAAAAACUCCAAAACAACAAAAAUAAUAAACCAUUGAAUUCCAACAUGAGAAACUCAAUUGAAUCGCUUGAGCAGCGAAUAUCCAACAUCUUGAGCGGCGAAAUCCCCGUUUCCAACGAGCUAGAUGCGCAGAGACUUGUGCUCAACCGCGCCAUCACAAGUUUAAACGACCCAUUGGUUCCGAUUCGAGCUCAUGGGUUGUACUUGUUGAGACAAUUGAUAGAAUCACGCAGCGAGAUCAUCUCCGUUGACUUUGUGAUUAACUUGCACUUGGUCCAGCUUAAAGACCCGGAACCUUACAUCUACCUCAAUGUGAUUAAAGGCUUGGAGAGCUUGAUUGACUGGGAGGAGCUCCCCGUGCUCAAGAUAAUGUGCCAACUAUACACGUCGACUGAGACGGAUUUGGACGAAAGACUCCGAAUCGGUGAGGUUAUACUCCGCUACAUUCAAGUUUCCAACGAGAAAUUCACGGGUGAAUCAGCAAACUUGGUUGUGGAAACUACUCUCACGGUGAUUCGAAGCCACAGCCUGGACGACGAUCGCGUGAGAAUGUCAGCCAUGUCCUUGUUGGGUGUCUGUUGCAAAGUGAAUCCGAUUGGCUUGAUUGGUCGCUUGGAGGAUGCGCUCGAUUGCGUCGUUGGUAUUCUUGACCUUGAAAAAGGUCCGGAUAAAGCCAUCAUGAGACGAUCGGCAGUCAUGCUCAUACAAGAUUUGAUUUUGGGCACUUCAGAGUCGGAUAAAGUGGCAUUUCCUGAACCAUAUAGGGAAAAAAUCGUGAUACGUCUACGGUAUGUGGCUGAAACCGACAACGAUAUAUUUGUAAGGGAGCAAGCCCGAAAGGUGUUGGACUUGAUUCAAGAACUAGCGCGGUUGGGCAUGGAGCUUUACUUUGAAAAGAUGAACAUAUAA